AUGACCAGCCUCUCAAGGAGCAUAGACGACCAGAGAGGCGCUGGCGAGAGCCCGUCUCACAAACCCGAGAUGUCCAGGUACCGCAGCUGGAGCAGUCUUCGCUUCUCAAGAUGGAGAAGUGGCUCCCAGAGGACGACCCCGCCUACCAGUCCACCUACUUCCAGAAGCAGUUUGUGUCCAUGCUGCAGCCCGGGGUCAACAAGUUCUCCCUGCGCAUGUUUGGCAGUCAUAAAGGUGUUGCUGCCGAGCAGGCCAGGGUCAAGAGCUUUGGAGUGUGGAUCAUCCACCCAUACAGUGACUUCAGGUUUUACUGGGACAUUGUGAUGCUCCUGUUGAUGAUGAGCAAUCUGGUCAUUUUGCCGUGGGGCAUCACCUUCUUUGAAGACCAGAACACCAUGCCCUGGAUCACCUUCAACGUCCUCUCUGACACUCUCUUUCUCAUGGACCUGGUUUUCAAUUUCCGCACGGGCAUCCCGGGAGAGGAUAGCCACAUCAUCCUGGACCCCAAAGAGAUCCGCAUGCACUACCUACGCACCUGGUUCGUGGUGGACUUUGUCUCCUCCAUCCCCGUCGACUACAUCUUCCUCAUCGUCGACCUGGAGUCCCGGCACGAGUCAUCUGACGUGUACCGCACCGCCCGCGCCCUCCGGAUUGUGCGCUUCACCAAGAUCCUCAGUCUGUUGCGUCUUCUCAGACUGUCUCGCCUCAUCCGCUACAUUCACCAGUGGGAGGAGAUUUUCCACAUGACUUAUGACCUGGCCAGUGCUGUGGUGCGUAUAGUCAACUUGAUUGGCAUGAUGCUGCUGUUGUGCCACUGGGAUGGCUGCCUGACCUUCAUGGUGCCUAUGCUGCAAGAGUUCCCCCCAGACUGCUGGGUAUCCAAAAAUAACAUGGUGAAUUCCACAUGGCACCUUCAGUACUCCUACGCUCUGUUCAUGGCCAUGAGUCACAUGCUGUGUAUAGGAUACGGUGCCCACCCUCCAGAGGGCAUGACUGACGUUUGGCUCACCAUGAUCAGUAUGGUCGUGGGGGCCACGUGCUACGCUAUGUUCCUUGGUCACGCAACUAACCUGGUCCAGUCAUUGGAUGCAUCACAUCGCCAGUAUCAAGAGAAGUAUAAGCAAGUGGAGCAGUACAUGUCGUUCCACAAACUGCCGGCAGACGUGAGACAGAGGAUUCAUGAUUAUUACGAGCAGCGAUUCCAAGGCAAGAUGUUCGAUGAGGACAGCAUCCUCGGCGAGCUCAGUGAUCCACUGAAGGAGGAAAUUGUCAGCUAUAACUGCCGGGGCCUCGUAGCCAACAUGCCACUGUUUGCCAACACCGACCCUCAUUUUGUGACAGUGAUCCUAACCAAGCUGCGCUUUGAAGUUUUCCAACCUUCAGACUUGAUUAUACGAGAAGGGACGCUGGGUCGGAAAAUGUACUUCAUCCAGCACGGUACCGUAACUGUCAUCCCGCGUGGCAGUAAGGAGAUUACGCUCAACGAUGGAGCAUAUUUUGGAGAGAUCUGCCUGCUAACCCAAGGACGACGCACAGCCACUGUGAGGGCUGACACCUACUGUCGCCUUUACUCCCUGAGUGUGGACAGUUUCAAUGAGGUCCUGGAGGAGCAUCCUCUGAUGAGGAGGGCGUUUGAGAGUGUGGCUGUGGACAGACUGGGCCGGGUCGCUCGCAGACCCAGUUAUCAGCCUCCCCCAGCUGACUGACUUCCUCAAUAAACAACAGACUCCUGUCAGAAAUGCGGAGGAUAUUUGUAACACUGCGACAGAACUUAACAAAGAAACCUUCAAUGGAAAUGUUACCAACUACUGUUUAUUAUAGUGCUCAGUGAUGGACAACCUGAUGGAGACCCUACG